AGUAUGUACUACUACAAGAAAUCGUUGUGGAGUCAUGUGGUGUUCGACCACCCGUCCACGUUUCAAACUCUGGCGAUGGAGCCUGAGAAGAAGAAGGAUAUCAUGGACGACCUCAUUAACUUCAGUAACAGUAAGGAUUACUACAAGAAGAUUGGUAAGGCUUGGAAGAGAGGUUACUUGCUGUACGGCCCUCCCGGAACGGGCAAAUCUUCUAUGAUCGCCGCCAUGGCAAAUCUCUUGGAGUACGAUGUCUACGAUCUCGAAUUGACGGCCGUGAAGGACAACACGGAGCUGCGGAAGCUUCUGAUCGAGACUAGUGGGAAGUCGAUCAUCGUGAUCGAAGACAUUGAUUGCUCCCUUGAUCUAACCGGCCAAAGGGAGAACAAGAAAAAGAAUGAGGAGAAUGAGAAAAAGGAAGCCAAAGGGGGGCCAGCAGAAGCCGUUAAAAAGGAAUUGGAGAAGAGUAAAGAUAAGGAUAGCAAAGUUACUCUAUCUGGGCUUCUCAAUUUCAUUGACGGGCUCUGGUCGGCCUGCGCAGGUGAAAGGCUUAUCGUGUUCACCACAAACUAUGUGGAGAAAUUGGACCCAGCUCUCAUAAGAAGGGGUCGAAUGGACAAGCACAUCGAGAUGUCGUACUGCAACUACGAAGGAUUCAAGGUGCUCGCCAAGAAUUAUUUGGACCUGGAUUCACACCCUCUGUUCGAGACGAUUCAUGGGUUGAUGAACGAAACCCAGAUUACUCCCGCUGAUGUUGCAGAGAAUUUGAUGCCUAAAUCCUUUGGGGGAAAUGCCAAGGAGGACUGUCUGGAGGCACUGAUCCGUGCUCUCGAAGUGGCUAAAGAAGAAGCGAGAGUGAAGGCUGAGGAAGCAUUAGCAGCGGCAUCCAAAGAAGAGGAGGCUUCAACGGCGACCAAAGAAGCACAAGAGAAGGAAUCCUUGACCACAGGUGAAGAGAAGGAGACCGAGUCGACCCAGUUAGAUAAAAAGGACACGGUUUGAGUAGAGAACCAGACCGGACCAACUAGCAUUAGGAACUCCAUUCCGUUCCUUUCUUGCCGUGUUUGAAUUUAG